AUGCGCCCUCGUACGCUGCCAGGUGAACCAAAGCAUCAGCUCUUUGUCCCAGUCUCGCACGAAGAGGUCCUGCGUAACCUUCCAAGGUACGAUGUGCAGCGUCAGCCGCAGGUGCAUCCUCAUCAUCUCAAGGACUCUGCGCCGACUCCGCACGCGGCUGUCGUGCCGCAAACUUACGAUAUCGAUAGACAGCAAGGAAGUUUGAUGCCGAUGCCGGAAGAUGGCGCAAGGAGCUCGAGAACAAGCAAAGGUGGCGCUUCCCUCUCUCGUCGAGGUCUUGCUGACGCGAUACGCGCUCCGGCCAAGGUUGAAGAAUCACUGGAAGUGCUAGAUGCGGCGGUCCACCGUCCGCCAGGGUCUGCUACAUCGUCACAUGACGCAGCCCAGGAACGUGCUUCCACCUCUGCACCUUCCAGAGCCCGGCGCCCCGACGAGACUACACCAUUUGUCAAGCAUGACACCAACAGGCCGUUGCUCUACAAGCACGCGCUCGAUCAAGCUGUGGAUUACGCUUGCAAGACUGGCAAGUGUCCUGGAGUGCACCACUUUGGGGUGAGUACUCGAUUGCUAAGGGCUGCUUCGAGUCGCUGCUGAUGCGAACACCUGUGCAAGUAGUCAUUGGACGCUUUCGCCACCUCGAAACAGUAUCAUUGGGGUGAUGAAAAGACGGGCAUGAAGAAGAGCGGUUUCUUUCGUGUAAAAGCCAUAGGUACCAAAGGGCAGCGGCUGAUGCCGGGCGAGAAGGAUGCAGAUCCAGUCCACAAACAUAAUUUCCGCCUACAGCUUGCACCUGGACAGAAAUUCCAACACGGCAACGAGAAAUUCGAGGGUGCGCCAGAGGAUCAUGAGAUGCGACAUCGACUGCCUUCCAACGACUGGUCAGAAUUGCACCUGGUGGGCAAAAGACCUGACCGAAGCAUACGCAAACAACCCCGACGGAUAGAGACCGAGACCGCUCAGGCUUUCUCUGAACAAGAGCUUUUGCGCAAAAUUUCGAAGCAUAUGCACACUUGGAACAGGGAGGGUCGCGAUCGAGAUGCUAUCGAGCUUACUCCUGGGAUAGAAGGAACGCUGAAAGGUCCAGCGCGCUUCUACGAAUAUCAAAAUCACAAGCUUCGAAAGGGCAAGCCGAUGCCGACGAUCUUACUGACGCCACAUGAUACCACUCUGAGUGCGGAAGAUGUCGCAGCGGCGAUGCGGGCAAGGGCCGCAAAGAAAGCUCGUAAAGACGCUGCGCAGAGGGCUGAGCAGCAAAGCACCUCGAUCACGACUCACGAGAGUCUCGAUACUGCUGGAAAGCCGCUCGACCAGAGACUGCUGCGCGCAGCCAAUGCUCCGGCAUAUCAUCCACUACGGGCAUCGUAUGGCAGCGUUCUUGAACAUGCUGCACAAGGAUUCAGACGUUUGUCGCUGCAAGCUCCGCGGGAACCACAUAGCCCCAAAUUCAACCCGGUGCCCUACUCGUCCAUUGCCAACGCCCCGCCCAACGCCAAGACAAACAAGCCCGUGGAAUCUGCUUCUCCUGCAACUCUCGUGAAAAGAGUAUUUCGUGGAGGCGUCGGCACGAGCAGUGAAUGCUUGCAGGAGCGCACCUUGGAGGUAAGGCGAUUGUCCGUGAUGUCUAGCGCUGUUUUCUGAGACACUCCGCGGUCUCGUACUUGUUCUUCGAUUCAGCCAACUCGAAAGCUCGUCUUUGCCAAGCGAGGAUCCAUCGCGCCUUCGCAUAAUCUGAUGAGGACGAUAGCUUUGCCUCCGCGUACACCUUGGAAGCGCAGGCUUCAGCGCCGUGGAACUCCGAUGACGACCAUCGAGUGGAGCAAAUGGACAAAGUACGAGCCUUUGACUCAGAGCACCAUUCAGAAGAGUGUCAACUACUGCCAAAAACACGUGUGUCGUGACUUGAAGCGAUUCAAGGUGCGUUUGUGACGGCUGCUGUGCGUGAGCGGGGCUAGUUGCUCACCGGUCGACGAUUGUGCCUCUUCGCACCUAGCCCGAAGGACCGAUUCAGAAAGUCGCGGAACCUUACGCUGUGCAUGAUGGCAACACGGUCAUUGACACUGGCGUGGUACACGGAUACGGUUUCGAUGCGCACAAUCGGCCGCUUCCCACGGGACGUCUACGUCGAGACGGAACCACCGAAUAUCGCAUGGCCAUCCUGAUGUCUCCCACUACACUGCAUCAGGAUGACUUUGGAAAUACACUGAUGGGCCUAGCUGCUGGUGCCGAUGCCCGACAAAAGAGAAGCCGGAGCGCUCUUGAGCUUACUCACGGCUUUGACUCUAAAAUUCGAGGCCCUGCGGACUAUACAGACCACCAAUCGCCUAUCGUUUAUCACUCUCGCAAACGUACCUUUUUCGACCUGACUCCACACAACGGCCAAAGUAUUGAGGGUGCAUCAGGUCCUGCCCCUCACCCAUUGAAGACGGGCCAAUGGGUUGCCCGAUAUGGCGAUACUCCUCAUGCCAAAGACACAGAGGGUACACUCAGAAAAUUCGACCGCAUAGCGCACCAACAGAGAUCGAGCCAAGCUCGGCCCGAACAGCAUCUUACUAGCGAGGGAUCCAGUGUAUUGCAUCCCGCUCCCAGGGAUUCCGCGGCUGAUAGGGUCAAGCAGCCGCACCAUCGUGCGCUACCCCCAACAGACCCCGAAUUUGCCCAGCUCAAGAGCCCAGAGACCGGUGCGCAUGCCGCUGGACAAGGGACUUUGGCGACAGAUCAUGCCGGUACUCCUUUGCCUCUCAAGAAGCUCAACCCGAGCGCAAAGCCGUGGUCGCCCGCAUCAUCUGGCUCGCUGCAUCUUGAUCAUGUGGCCGCCAGCUUCCGGUCGCUUAGACUGGAUGAGCAUGGUAAGCCCGGACGAGGCAUGCACACGGAAAAUGGUAUUUUGGGGCCCCAUCCAGAGCUGCCAGAGGAUCCUUUUGGUAUGCACUCGUCGGUCGCAUCUUCAAGCUCCAGCCACGAGAGCAAGGUCCAUCCAAAGAGCUCUCUUGAAGCUUCGCCACAUUCAUUCGACACGGUGCCUCGAAAGUCUUGGCUCGCACCGAGGGGGGUGCACUUGACGUUCGCAGAUGGUGUGUUGCCGCAUUGGUCUCAGGCUCUGGAACGUCAGAAUGCCUACAAAGCUAUCCAGAGAAGCGCGGAUGCAUACCAAAAGGAGCGAAAUCCAGACAUUGCAGGCAUGCAUGUAAGUGCCUGAGAUGCUGGUCGGAUGGAUCGAUCAGGAUCGGGUAUUCAUUUGCGAUGUAACUCGCUCACUGUUUUCACUACGCAACCUGAAAGGUGACGAAACCUCUUCGUGUACUGAGGAGACCUUUCUACAAUCAUGAGGUAGCCUUCAAGGGCCGUCCGCGCAUAUUCUCGGACGGGCAAGGUAGCGGUGGACAAUCUGAACGUCAUCGGUCCCUCUACGUCCCUCUGGCUGCCGGCCAAAGCUGGACACACUCGCGAACCAAUACCGUAUAUCAUGGUCAAACUCAUCUGGACCCGCCGCGCGAUACGCACAGCAGCACAGAAGGAUUGAUGGCGUCGCGCAGCACAGAACAAAUAGGGCAGCUGAAACCUCAGCAUCAAAGAGCAGAGUCGGUCGGGUCAAACAGCCCGGAUGACGGCGGCGAGCAUCAUCGAGCAUGGAGAAAGCGUACCAUUGAGGAAAACUUGCCCCAUAUUCUGCUUACCACGGAAAGCAAGCGUACCAAUCUGGGCAAGAAACAUGCCCAGAGACCACUCAUCCAAGAAACUUUGGGUCGAAUGGCUCAUGAGCACCGGCUGAACGGCGGUCCUUUACGCAAUAUGCGACAAUUUGAAGUAUGUUGCUGGUCCUCCCUUGUUACACAUUGAUAUGAGCCUGACAGCGCUCAAAGCCUUCUCUCAGGUCACGCAAAAGCUCGCGCCCACACAAUUCGAACACGGUCAGCGGGUGGCUUUCUUUGGUAUACCGAAAGAUGGAGCCGGAAGAGAGUUGAAGCUGCCAGAAGACCUCCCGCAAGCGUAUGAAAUUGUGCCGCCUGGAGUAAAGCCGGACAAAAAGCUGCAGCGUAUAGGUAUGCCAGUGGAGCUUCGCGAAGGCUUGAUGCUUGUGGACCACCGUUCUGGCCAAUUGUGGGAAGGUGGUCGGGCGCCGCGAGUGCUUGCGCCUGCGAGCGUCCCCACCACGUCAGCAUCAGAGCCGCACGCAUCGCAUUACAAGAGCCCAAACGGCAAGCCAGACGUCAGUCUUGAAUUGCCUCAAACUUCCCAGUACGCUGCACAAGUCAUAGAGAAGCAAAGAUCAUUGCUUCAGGGAGCUGCGAAUCACGCGCGGGAUCUGCAAUGUCCCGACAUGGCUGUUGCGAAAGUAAGUCAUCGGCUGGUGCGGCGAUAUCGAAACGACUGGCCUCACUCAAAACCUCAAUUCUCCAGCUGAGGGGUGGCUUCUACACGUGCGGUCCGGUCAGUCAGAAGCGACUGGAGACCGCCGCUGAUGCUGUAAGCGAACGCGGCACGAACCUUGGACGCGUGAAGCUCACACUCGCGCCCGGCGACAAAUAUCGGGAGCCUCAUACCGGCAAGGUCUUUUACGGGCCAUCGAAAGACGUCGGCAGUCUCAAGGCAAGCUCUGCGCCAGUAUCUCAUCCGCGCAAGCUUGAUGUCAUGCAAUUCACCACAAAUCACGAUGAGGCCAGGAGCUCAUCUCGAGCUCAUUCUACCACGGCUUCAGCGCUUCGGACGCAGCCAACUUUGGGCUCAAAGAUGAAUUUGGUGGGCUCUGAAAGUGCUCGCAGGCCCUCUGGCACGAAAGAAAUGCGUUUUCGCGACCAGGCCAAAGUGACAAGUCGACCACUUGCGUUCAGGCCAAGAGAGCCAUACACAAGACAUCGCUCGAGCCACGCUGCAAGGCCGACAGCUAGUGCGCAAAGAGCUGAAACUUUGCGCUCGGCACACGUUGAUGACCGAGACAAUCGAGCACAGGCACCAAGCAACGCAAAACCCAGCGGAGGCAGUGAGCAGUACAAGCCUAGCUUCCCUAGAGGGAUCACUGGAACCUCUGCACUGAAUUUCAAGCAUUCCUCGACCUCUGACUUUCCUCGAGACCGAAAGAGGAUGAGACAAUGGUCGCCUGAUAGUGAUGACGAGGACAGACGCAGGCCGACACAUGCGACUGCACGCAUUCAAAGUGGAUUGCAGUAG